UGGAGGUUGCAAUAAUCAAUUUCGCUAACUUUAAGUUCUUAUGGGAAUCUUUCAAGUUCUGGCAGAAUCAUCGUUACCCAUCUCGUUGAUUCUUGUUGGGGUUAUGAUUUCAGAUUAUAAAGGUUAUGUUUUUCCCCCGUUCAUUUUCUUCCUUUGAGCUAAGCUUUGAGCUGCUGUGAACUUUCUUGUAUUAUCGUGGGUUCCUUUUGGUCUUCUGUAAUGAUCUGAAUUGUGCUUUGUGUUCGUGGGUUCUUUUGAUCGGAGGUUUUGCUAUCCUGGUCAAAUGAAAGCUUUGUAAUUUGCUUCAGGGGUUCUGUUACUCGUGUUCCUGCAUGUUCUGUUAUUUUGGCUCUUGUAAAUAGUCAAUUGCUUCUUGAGAUUCCGCGUGAAAUUCUAUGGGUUUCUGAGCUUUUUAGAGAAGGAUGGCUCUUCGGGAAAUUCAUUCUUGGACGUUGGGAGGUCUUGUGGGAGCCUUUAUUGACCUAGUUCUUGCCUAUUUCUUGCUAUGUGGAUCGGCUGUUGCUUUCUUUGCCUCGAAAUUCUUGAUGCUUUUCGGACUUUACUUGCCGUGUCCUUGUAAGGGAGUUUUGGGGUAUAAGAAUGGUGAUUUCUGUCUGCAUAAAGUGCUUUAUGACUGGCCGUUAAGAAAGAUAUGCUCAAUUCAGGUGAUGGCUGUAAAGAGGUUUCCUUAUGAUCUGGUGAGGGUUAAGGAUCAUACAUGCACUUUGAAUGAGAAAAUAACUGCACAGAAGAAAUCUGCGAAUGAGCUUCGCGAUUUGGAAGAUGAGGCAUCUUGCAGUUCAUGGUCUAGCCCACAUUUGCUUGCCUCAACUGAUAGGGAAAAUGGAUAUGAUACUAAGGGUAAGAGAACUGUCAAUCUGAGAAAAAGGUCAGGAAUUCGGAGGAGGAGGAAGGGUAAUUACGAAUGCGGGAAGUUCUUUUCAGUUUUUCCUUCUGAAAAUCCUCGGUCUGAUGUUACCCGGGUUUCCUCCUUGCCUUAUGAGGGUGAUGCAAUUGGAAGUAAAACGACUGAAACGAAUCCUACUUCAGGGAGAGAAGUUAGUUUACUUGAUGUCAAAGAUGCUCACAUGGAUCAUGAUAUGGAAGAAAGAACCUGCCGCAGCUAUGAAUUUCGUGGAUCCCUGGUUGAUAGCCCACCACGGGACAAAUCCUCAUCCUCAACUGAAAUCUACAUGAGUAAUGGGCAAGACAAGGUGCAGGUUGUUGAGAGUGGAGAGAGCCGUAUCAAGAUGUUGGAGGCAGCACUUGAAGAAGAGAAAGCUGCCUAUGCUGCUCUUUGCUUAGAGCUAGAGAAAGAGAGGUCUGCUGCUGCAACUGCUGCCGAUGAAGCGAUGGCAAUGAUAUCUCGUCUGCAGGAAGAGAAGGCUUUCAUAGAAAUUGAAACCAGGCAAUACCAGAGGAUGAUAGAAGAAAGAGUUGCUUAUGAGGAAGAAGAGAUGAAUAUUCUGCAAGAAAUUCUUAUAAGAAGGGAAAGGGAGAAUCACUUUCUUGAAAAGGAACUUGAGACCUAUAGACAGAUGAAUUUAAGAGUAAUUGAGCAACCAAAUGGAAAGUCAAAUUUUCAGCUAGAUGAUUUGGGACAAAAGAUAUCAUUUUCAGUUGAAACACAUGAAUCUCCCCUGCAGACUGACAGUUCCAUUUCAAUGGCCAAGAUUGCACAUCUUCAAUCAAAUCAUACAGUGGAUCAAACUUGUAUCAAAAUAAAUGAUGAAGAGAUAAAGAAAAGCAGACAACUCAAGGAUCAGUAUCAUGGGACUCUGCUCAGUUCUUGCCUUGAUACUGAGCCAGAUGUUCUUGAUGUACAUGUCAUAGAUGACAACGUAGAACUUAAGAAGGAGGAAGUUCAAAAGACAAAUGGCGUUUCAUUUAAUACUGCUUCAGAUGAACCUCGAGAUAAUCUCACUUCAGGAAGUCUUGAAGUUCUGAACAGUAUUGCAGUGAGUGACUUUCCUAUGGCAAGUAAGGCAGAAAGUGAUGAUGGUGCUGAUGCCAACAUUGAUGAAAAGUUAAAGAUUGGCUCUGAGAUUGAGAUGCUUGGAGAAAGACUGAGGAUGCUAAAGCAUGAAAAAGAAAAAUUGACUUUCUUUUCAGAGAAUGAAGAAAGUAAAAAGGUUCAGCUGAAGCUUCUGGAGGAGAUAGCAAACCAUCUUCAAGAGAUUAAACAGCUGAGAAACCCGGUUCGUGGGUCUUCCUUACCCCCCUCAUCUGCUAAGGUAAGUUUGAAGAAAAGACGCAGCCAAAGUGCUAUAUGGAAGACCUGCGAAAGCUCCUAAAUCUUGUACUAUAAAGUGUAUACUAAGUGUAUGAAAACCAUGCUUCGCUUACAUAUGAUUUACCAGUAUCUCAUUUUGCUUCUUGUGCGUUUAAGAAUGUAAAUAUCCUUAAUAGUUCACUGAGCUCAAUAUUUUGUCAAAACAGUUUUGAAUUGGAAAAAAUUUAGGUAUAGUUUUUUUGUUUUUUUAAA